AUGGAUGAAAUUAAAGAAGAAAGACAAUGGAAAGAUUUUCGUAUUAAUUUUCAUGGUGAAGCUGCAGAAUUUCCAAAUAAUAAAUUUUAUGCAACUAUUAACAUUGAACCUGAAACAGCUCGACUACUCAUUUCAAAAUUCUUGCUGAUUGUUAAUAACUGUUGUCGAGCUGAAUUUCCCAGUUCUUAUCAAUGUAUAUCAGCAGCAGGUUUCGAUGUAACAAAUGAAAAUAAUCAAAUAAAGGUUAGAGUUGAAGCAAUACCUUCGAAUGACAAUUGGAAAUCAACGAAAAAACAAUCUGAAUUAUGUUCUUUUUUAUUUAUUGGCAAAACUUUAACUUUAAAUCCCAUUAUACAUUUUAAUUGCACUGAAGAUCCUUCAAUAUUUAAUGUCAACAUUAAAUGGUAUCAUAUUGGUGAUGAUUAUGCUCAUAAAUAUGUUAUCCAUUUAGAUGGAAAAGAAAUUCAAUAUGUAAAUUUGUUUUAUAAAUAG